CCGGUGCAGUACACAUUUGCUCAAGAUGCAACAAUGCAAGCGAUCGCUUGCGCUCACGCUGACGCGGUAGCGGGUGAAGACAGUGCCGCGGGGCGAUUGCAGCCGCCUCCAGUCCGCGAGCCCGCCACCACGGCACGCCACGCUAGUAUGCCGCGCGCCGCCACGCCGAGCGCUCUGACGCUGAAUCGACUUCUAAUAAAACAAACAGAGCUAUUAUCUCGCCGCGAUAACGACACUAUAUCAGUUCGUGAUAAUUUACCAGAGUGAUAACAGAUAAAAAACGAAGUGGACGACGCCUGCUUCGCUGUGCCCCUGUUAUGUAAAAGUUUUACAAUCGGAAAAUCUUCGGAGUCGCAACUAUGACGACGAUGGCGGGACCUCGGAAGACAGUCUCGAUUUAUGACUAUCCUGAGCAUCUGAACCCCUUUCGGGAGGAGGAUAACCACAACAAGAUACGUUUCUGGACGAUCGGACGUAAACUAAGUCGAUCAAACAGCAUCACGUUUAAGGACAUAAGAAAUUCUUGGUCAUUAAGAUCGUUUAUGAAGAAAGGAAAAAAAGAAAAAUCAGAAACUAAGCCGAGUCAGCAGAACGGAGAGAGCAGUCCUGUUGUCUACAGGCGGGCUUUGCAAUACUCAUUGGCAUCAACGGGCGGUGGUGCGGGCGUUCGCAGCACAGUGGGCUCUCCGGAGCGCACGGACCGGUACGUGUAUGGAGGGUCGGUGACGCCACUACCGCGCUCACGUUUCCAGGAGCGCUUGCGCAGCCCCAGCCAGCAUGAGGUCAACUCCAUCAGUACAACGCCGCGUAUGGCCCGCAGCGAUAUAACGGGCUCGCGGUUGAGCGUGGAGAGCACCAACCCCUUUGACGAGUGCCCCGUACCGCCGGUGCGCGCCUCACGUCGCAAGAAAAAGCGCGCGCCCCUACCACCGCCAACUGCUGCCAUUUCUCCUGACGUUACGGGGGAACAAACAGAGUUAAGAAUAACUGAAAUGGACGACCAAAAAGAACAAAACAAAAGUGUUGAUGACGAGAUAGAAAAUGUCAAUCUGAAUAUUGAACUUAAAAUAGUCGAAGAUGAAGAUGUUCAGAACAGAAGUAUAGAGACAAGUCCUACCACAGUCGAAGAGAUAACAACAACUACAGUUUCAGAAAAACUCAACGAAACAGAAAACACAAUCGAAGCUACAAACGAACAACUGAACGGGAAAGAUGAUGAAAUGACCAUAAUAAAAAAUUCCGAUUCUGAGGACGAUAUAUUGAACAAAGUUUCAUUUCCCAAAAUUGAUAUAAAUAAAUAUAGAAGAAAUUCAAGUGUUAACGAAGACGAUAUCAGAUUGCGGCGAGGUAACCUAGAAGACUUCCAUUCGCUAUCCAAUAAACGGAGCAAAAGUUUAACUAAUGCUCUCGACGGAUCGUACGUGGCUUACGAUAUAAAUUUAAAUGAAGACAAAGGUCAAAUCGAUGAGAACAGCAAUGAGGAACCUCAGAAAGUGGUUUGUAAACUUUACGACGAUCCAAGAAAGCUUAGCAUCGAUAAAUCUAUUUCGAGUACAGAAAAUGAGUUUAUGGAAAUUGAUAAAGCCACAAGAGAACUUGAAAGAGAAAUCAGUAAACUAAAUUCGGCUUUACAAGAAGAAGACAUUAAUUUGCAAGGAGCGCGUCUGUCGGUCUCUGAUAUAAGAAGGAAAUUUGAUAAACCUGAUGUUUCAUCACCAAAUCCAAUACCAAAGCCACGAAGAAGUCACUACGGCGAUACACAAACCGCUAACGGAAAUAUUCAAACGUAAGAUAUAAGCUGUUACUUUAAAAUUUUAAACUGCUUUAUAUAAAUGUUUACAUUUGUAAUUUUAUAUGAUUGGAUCUCAGGCAUAUUUAUGACUACCCAGGACAAUAUUGUACAUUUUGUAUCUGCUCGUACAGAUAAUAAUUUGGGUCUAAAUCCAGUACUUUUCAAUAACAUAUGGCAACACUAUAUAAUUUAGUUACCAUUUCAUUUUUUGUUGAAUACGAAAAUAUUUGGUAAUCGAGAAAUAAUAUAAUCCUCUUAUCUUAUUUUAGUCAUAAAGAUUUUUUAUUUAAUGUUUUAUUUUUGUACAUGAGAAUUUAUUUAUAUUGCACAUAGAGUAUAAAAGUACUUUUUUUUAUAAAGAAUAAUGUGAUAUUGUCCAAAUUAUUUAUUUAAAAGAAAUUUUUUAGUUACAUAUUAAUUAAGUAAACAGUUUGGCAUUAUUUUUAGUGGUAAAUAUUUUACAUAAUGUACAAGAUUCCUAUUUAUUUAUAAGAGUUAUAUUUACAUCGGGAUUGCUAUUUUUUUGUUAUAUGCCU